AUUUCCGUUCUUGCUGAGACUUCUAAUCUGAACUACGUUAGCUUCAACUCCAGCGCCGUAUCCGCUAUUGCUAACAUUCGUUCCCUUUGGACCCUUAUAGACUCGAUUUUUCAGAUUUUGCAUCUAGCAACUUGACCAUAUAGCAACUUCAUAGACUUAUACACAUCUGGAAAAUGUUGUCGAAACACAUUUCCAAGCAACUCAUAAAACCUGUCAGAGUGUCAAGACUCUCUGCAAGGACUUUUUCACUUUCUUCCCGCAAUCUUGAUGCUGUCGUACUUUCAGGAACGAAGUUGGCUAAAACCAUCAGAAAUAAUAUCGCUGAAAAGGUUAUCCACUACAACCAGGCCCACUACGACGAGUUUGCCAAUAUCGACACCAUCGACUUCACGGCACUUAAGUUCCGUCCAAACUUGACCAUUAUCCAAGUUGGUUCCAGACCAGACUCGUCUGCUUAUGUCCGUUCCAAGUUGAAGGCUGCUCAGCUGUCCAAUAUUCAGUCAACACUUGUCAAACUUGAUGAAGACAUUUCCCAAGAAGACUUGUUGGAAGAAAUUGACCGUUUGAACAAGAACCCCAAGGUAAACGGUUUGUUGAUCCAGUUGCCAUUGCCAAAGCACAUCGACGAGACGUUAGUAACAAACUCGGUUGCUACCGAAAAAGAUGUGGAUGGUUUCGAUCGUUACAACGUGGGAGAGCUCUCCAAACGUGGUGGUUCUCCAUUAUUCCUCCCUUGUACACCUAGUGGAAUUAUAGAGCUCAUAAAGACUACUGGUGUCACUUUACGUGGUAAGAAUGCUGUUGUUAUCGGGCGUUCUGAUAUCGUAGGUACACCUGUUGCUGCCUUGUUGAAGAACGAAGACUGUACCGUCACCACUUGUCAUCGUUACACCAAGGACUUGCCUGAAGUAGUGUCUAGAGCAGAUAUUGUUGUGGCUGCUGUCGGCAUUCCUGAAUAUGUCAAAGCCGAAUGGAUCAAAUCUGAUGCCAUUGUCAUUGACGUUGGUAUCAAUUAUAAGGAAGAUUCUACAGCAAAGAACGGCCAGAAGCUCGUAGGAGAUGUCGACUACCAGUCAGUUGCUAAAAAGGCUGGCUUCAUUACCCCUGUCCCCGGUGGAGUUGGCCCCAUGACUGUAGCCAUGUUGUGUUCCAACGUAUUUGAUGCAGCAGUUUUGCAGGCAAAGAAGGCACACGAACACGCCUUUCAACCUUUGCCAUUGCAGUUGAAGACUCCCGUGCCUUCUGAUAUUGCCAUUUCGCGUGCCCAGAAGCCUAAGAAGAUUACCAAAAUUGCUCAAGAAUUGGGUAUUCUUGAAAAGGAACUCGAACCCUAUGGCCACUUCAAAGCCAAAGUGGAUCCCAGAUCGGUUGUAGAAAGAUUAGAUGAACAAGUCGAAGGCUCCACCAAUGAAAAGGGCCACUACGUCUUGGUUGCUGGGAUUACUCCUACUCCAUUAGGUGAGGGUAAGUCCACUACUACCAUGGGGUUGACUCAAGCCUUGGGUGCUCAUUUGGGAUACAACUCGAUUGCCAAUGUGAGACAGCCAUCCAUGGGUCCAACCUUUGGUGUGAAAGGUGGUGCUGCUGGUGGUGGUUACUCUCAGGUUAUUCCUAUGGACGAGUUCAACAUGCACUUAACUGGUGAUAUCCACGCUAUCUCUGCUGCUCAGAACUUGCUUUGUGCUGCUGUAGAUACCAGAAUGUUCCACGAAGCCACAUCAAAGACCAUCAAGGGUUUCUACAAGAGAUUGGUGCCAGCCAAGAAGGGAGAAAGAAAGUUCACUCCUUCUAUGUUGAAGCGCUUACAGAGCCUUGGAAUCACAAAGACGAACCCUGAUGAAUUGACUGAUUCUGAAAUCGAGAAGUUUGCCCAUUUGAACAUAGACCCAGCUUCUAUUACUAUCAAGAGAGUUGUAGACUGCAACGACAGAUUCGUUCGUGAAAUAACUAUCGGUGAAGGCAAGAACGAAGCUAGCAAGUUCCCACCCAGAAAGUCUGGAAUGGAUAUAACUGUAGCUUCUGAGUUGAUGGCCAUUUUAGCAUUGUCGACUUCAUUGAAAGACUUGAGACAAAGAGUCGGUAAAGUCGUUGUUGGAACCCAAAAAGAGACUGGUAUUGCUAUCACUGCUGAAGAUAUUGGCUGUGCUGGUGCUAUCACUGCCUUGCUUAAGGAUGCAAUUAAGCCUAACUUGAUGCAGACUUUGGAAGGAACUCCUGUAUUCGUCCAUGCUGGUCCUUUUGCCAAUAUUUCCAUUGGUGCAUCUUCCGUGAUUGCUGACCAGUUAGCAUUGAAGUUGACUUCGCCCUCCAACCCCAUCAAUAACGGUAACAAAGGAUUUGUCGUUACUGAGGCUGGUUUCGACUUCACAAUGGGUGGAGAGCGUUUCUUCAACAUCAAGUGUAGAGCCUCUGGCUUCAAGCCAGAUACCGUAGUGUUAGUUGCUACAUCAAGAGCCUUGAAAUUGCAUGGAGGAGCUCCAGACGUAAAACCAGGGCAACCUUUGCCUACUGAGUAUGUCACCGAGAACAUCGACUACUUGGUCAAGGGUUGUGCUAACUUGGCAAAACAGAUUUCUAACAUUAAGCAGUACAAUGUUCCUGUUGUUGUAGCCAUCAAUAAGUUUGAAACCGAUACUGAUGCUGAAAUUGCUGUCAUCCAAGAACAAGCUGUCAAGGCUGGUGCCGAGUUCGCCGUUCCUUCUAAUCACUGGGCUGAAGGUGGUGCUGGUGCGCUUGACUUGGCCAAAUCUGUUGUAGAAGCUGUCAAACUUUCGGACAAGAGUGCCAAACAAACUUACCUCUACGACGUUAACUCGACUGUGGAAGAAAAGAUCUUGACCAUUGCUUCCAAAAUGUACGGAGCUUCUGCUAUUGAGUUGUCUCCAUUGGCCAAGCAACAGAUAGCUACUUAUACUCAACAAGGCUACGAUAAAAUGCCUAUUUGUAUUGCCAAGACCCAAUACUCGUUGUCUCAUGACCCAGCCUUGAAGGGUGUUCCUACCGGCUUCACUGUUCCUAUCAGAGAAGUCAGAUGUUCAGCCGGUGCCGGAUACUUGUAUGCUCUUGCUGCUGAGAUCAUGACUAUCCCAGGUUUGCCUACCCACGCUGGUUUCAUGAAUGUCGAAGUCAAUGAUGAUGGCGAGAUCGAAGGUCUCUUCUAACGAAACGUCUUUGAUAGACACCAAAAUUAUGUACAUUACUCUAUGCUUAUAAAGCUAUGCAUUAUAUAUUCUUAAUCGUAUACAAAAAGGAUGAUCUAGCAAGUGUAGAUUUAGCAAAUGCUUGGUUUAACUAGAAGUGAAUGUUCAACUGGCACUGAUGGUAACACUAAGCUUAAACUUCUGCUACUUUCUACUACUUGAAAGUUUCAGGAUCUGUGAUAUCGGAGUCACCAUUAUUGAAAUCAUAGCCUCUGCCGAAGGUCACCUUGUUGUCAAUGAUCUCAAAGAUCACCCUGGCCACAUCUGCUCUGGUAACUGAGCCACUUUCGUCCCCUUCUGAAAGUACUUUGAUCUUACCUUGAGGUGGAUCGUCCUUCAACAAGCUAGGCCUCAAUAUAGUGUAGUCCAACUCGUCCUUGAAUUCAGCUUCAAGGAUUCGAUCUGCAUAAUGUUUGGCAAUGUAGUAGUUUCUGAUCGGAGAUUUCUCGAAGAAUUCUCUUGAAUCCGCAUAGAUGGCACUGACAAUGAUGAAACGUCUCACUUCAGCAAUCACCAGAGCUUCAAAUGUCUUGACUGCACCAUCCAAGUCUACCUGGAGCAAGUUCUUGCCACCAGAACCGGCUGUAAACACCACAGCAUCAUGACCUACAAUAACUUCAACCAAAUCACCUAUAGAAGCCGAAUCCACAGUGAAAAGCUUCGUAGAAAUAUUCGAUGAUUUCUGGGCAAUUUCUUGAAUAUGAUUAGCCUGCUCUUGGUUUCUCACUACCGCAGUGGCCCUGUAAGGCGACGAACUGGAAGCAAUGAGCUUGACCAAUUGUUGACCCACCUUUCCGUGUGCUCCAAAGAUAACGAUACGAGACAUCAGGUACUUAAUAAUUGAGAAAGUAAUAUAGUGUUGUAGAUUUACUUAACAAGAACAGGUUCGAACUAUUAUUGAUGUUUUUGAAUUUGAAGAUUUAUAGUAAUCGUAAAACUGUUAUAAAUCGGCACAGUUCAAUAUAAUGUGUGUGUCUGAAUUUAAUUUAACAACCAAUUCUAGAUUUACUAAGCAAAAUGU